UAGUGUCACUGCUAGCUGUGUUUACACAUGCGCAGUGGCGUCUUUUUCCGUGUUGGUUGACGAGUUCCGUGCAGUCAUUACUGUUUUAGACGUAAUAGCUGUUUUUGUCUUUGGCCUAAAAACCAUUUAAGCUUGUAGUUUUUACUUUCGACUGGCUCUUGAAUCACAAGACCUAGUAGGUAAGCUAACUAGCGAGCUACUUUAAUCGUGUGGCUCUGUCGUAGCUAAAGCUAGCGGUUGAUAUAGCUAGGAAACUUUGACAGUUAGGCAGCUAGCAACGCGCUAACUACAUCGAUCAGUAAACCUGGUUAAUAUGAACUGCUCUUGCUGAAGCUUCUCGUUUAGAUUCGAGGAUCAGAACGGUAGGCCGCUUGCCUUUUACACUUAGACUAGUUCAUUUGAAGGAGUGUCCGCUUUGAAGCUUCAUGCCAAAUGGCCAAGAAGACCUAUGAUUUGCUGUUUAAGCUCCUGCUUAUUGGAGAUUCGGGAGUUGGCAAAACCUGUGUGUUGUUCCGCUUCUCAGAUGACGCGUUCAACACCACGUUUAUCUCAACAAUCGGAAUAGAUUUCAAAAUCAAGACUGUCGAACUACAUGGCAAGAGGAUCAAGCUUCAGAUAUGGGAUACAGCUGGACAGGAGCGUUUUCACACCAUCACAACCUCUUACUACAGAGGAGCCAUGGGGAUCCUGCUGGUGUAUGACAUUACCAACGCUAAAAGCUUUGAGAAUAUCAGCAAAUGGCUGCGAAACAUUGAGGAGCAUGCGAAUGAGGACGUGGAAAGAAUGCUGCUUGGUAACAAGUGUGACAUGGAGGACAUGCGUAUAGUCCCUAAAGCAAAGGGAGAACAGAUUGCCUCAGAACACAACAUCCGCUUCUUUGAAACGAGUGCAAAAGCAAACAUUAACAUAGAGAAAGCUUUCCUCACUCUUGCCGAGGACAUUUUGCAAAAGACCCCUGGAAAGGAACCCACCAAUGAAAAUGUUGACAUGAACAACAGAAGCAGCUCUGCAGGAGGGAGGGGGUGUUGCAGCUGAACAGCUGCUUUGCUUCCAAAAACCCUCACACCAUUUACAAUGCACAAGAUUGAUCUCUUACAGUUUUGUUAACCUAAAUGCCCAUAAUGCUGGACAAGACCUUUACCUCUCACUGUACUUUAACUCUUGUCCCCACAUGAAAACAACAUACAUUUUCAACAUUUUAUGUUAGUUCUAUUCAAUUAAACAGGACCUUUUGUUACUUUAGUGAUCUGACAGCAGCACUGUGUACAAGAAAACCAAGUCAAGUAAUCACACACUUAUUAUGAAAUACAUAAGGGGCAUGUAACACUUAACAUUCAUGUUAUUGUGAACUCUGAUUGUGCCUUAAUGCCAUUUAGAAAUAGGAGAACUUGGUUUAUUUGGAUAGCUUGUGGAUAGUGGUUGAAUUGCUGAACCGUCAAUGAGUGGUUUUUAAUGACACUUCCCCCAUCUAACAUUCGAGGUUGUGCCUUAUGCUCUGCGGCAGUAAAGUCAAAAGACUGUUCUCUGUUAUUUCACGGUGUCACGUUUUCAUACACCUGGUGCACAUAUGAUCCCUGUUAAGGCACAGACUGGCCUUAUUGUCAUAGUCUUUAUUGCAUUUAUAGUUUGUAUGGCAGUUGGUCUAAAGAGUCAGCGUAAGGUAGUGCAUUCAGGAGAAUUACAUCAAACCAUGUUUUUUUCUAAGUACCGAUUUUGUUUUCUGUAAAGAUGAGUUAAAAGCAAUUAUACGCACUUGUUUUACGAACAAAUGCUGCUCGGUCCCACUGAUGUUUUAUCUGUCUGAGAUUCUGCACUUUAGGGACUAUAUGCUGAACAUGUGAGUCCCAGAUGCAACGGUUUAUUCUGGAUACAUGUGUAAAAUUUUAGGCUUAUGAAAUUAUCUAUGCCUUCCUAUUACCAUGUUUGGUUAAAUUGCUGCUUUUUUCCCCUAGUUUUUAUUGAGCAUGUGUCACUUCACUUCCCUGUCCUUUCCAGCAUUCAUUUUUUAAUAAUGUUUUUCAUCCAACAAUUGCUGUGGGGGUGCAGAAACCUUUUUGGUGAUGGUAAGAGGAAGUUCAGAAUACACUCGUAUUUCAAAGCAGUGAUUUAUGACAUACUAACCGUAAAGGUAUUUGAGCAUGUAAAUUGUUUUGGUUGUUAGUGAUUUUGUCUUCUUUACUGAAUUUUCUACUACUACUUAAUAUUCUUGUAACAGGCAUUACUAGUAUUCAGUAAGUGUUGACUGGUUUAUCUUGGCUCUCUGUUUCAAUCUAAGUAACAGCUUUAUUAUGAUUAUUAUCUUCUUACUGAUACAUUUAGCACUUUUUUUAACUGAUGAAUUUAAGUACACUAGUUCAUGGCAAGAUGACUUGAAAAACUAGUUGCAAAGGCAGAUGCUGGCUAUCCAUAGUUAAGCAUGAGCCUGAACACUUUGUACAGCUAGCAGGUACUUACGUUUGCUUAAGAGUAGUCUUUUUUUUAAAGAUCUAAAUAGAGGAUAGCCAGUGUCCACCUUUGAUCAGGCUAAAAACUGACGUUGGUUUACAUUUGAAUACCUAAUUGUGUAAUAAUUGAAAAUCAGAAUGACAAAUAAAAUGUUUCCUGAACUAGGAUACUUAAAAGCAUGACAUUUUUGCUUACAGAAUUGCAUAUAAUUACAAUUAAAAGGGAGUGAUGGGUUUUGGAUGAUAGUUUCAUAGUGCAAUAAACUCACUUUACAAAAACA